AUAUAUAUAUAUAUAUAUGUAUCACUUAGUUCAGAGGAUUGACCAUCUUUGUCUUCCUUUCUUCAACUUAAGCUGAAGAGUGAAGAUAUAGCUUCAUCAUCAUCAUCAUCAUCUCUAAGGGACAGGUCACCAAUAUUUACACUGAUUUUAAACCAUUAGAUCAAUCAAGAUCUGAUGGCUUACAUUGAUUGAUUGGUUUUUAUAUGAAUUUAUACAAAUCGGUAUCUCUCUGAAGAAUUUUUUUAGUUUUCAAAAUUUCAGUAGGUGUAAAUAAAUGCACCUUCCUCGAUCGAGGCUCCAACUCAAACCCCAGAUUUGGCUCAGUUUGAUUGAAUUCUCACUUUCUCUCUCUUCAAGGCCUGCAUCGGUUCCCAUCACAUGAGAGAAAAUAUAAAUUAUACAAGUAUGAAUAGUCUGACUUGUUGAGCCGGUAAAAGGUGGGUAGAUACAAGAGUGAAUUAGGGUUUUGUUGGUAAGAGCGAGCCAAGAGGAAAAUAUGUUGAGCUUGAGCUCCUUCGACAGUAACGACCCUAGACAACUUUUCUCUGAGGGAACCGAGGUUGAAGUUAGUAGUGACGAAGAAGGGUUUAGGGGGGCUUGGUUCAAAGCCUUUGUGGUGGAGAACUUGGGUUCCUCUGCUGCCCCGAAGAAGAGGAGAAAAGUUUUGGUUGAGUACUGGAGUCUUGUAACCGAAGAUGGAUUCCAGCCAUUGAGGGAGCAUGUUGAUUUGUAUCACUUGAGGCCUUUGCCACCUGAUGCUGGUUCUCAAGAUUUUGAGGUUGGGGACGUGGUUGAUGCCGAUUACAGAGAUGGAUGGUGGACUGGGGUUGUCAAGAAAGUCUUGGGGUUCGAUAGGUAUAGAGUCUUUUUUGAAAAUCCGCCAGAUUUGAUUGAAUUUGAGAGGAAACACAUGCGGUUUCAUCAAGAUUGGGUUAACGGAAAAUGGGUUCGCCCUAAGAAAGAGCAGAAAAUGACAGGGUCUACUUUCAGCUCAGGAACUGAUGUAGAGGUGCAUUUUGACAAUGAGGAUUUAAGUGAUGCUUGGAUUCCUGCAAUUGUGAUUAAGGAAAAUGAUGAUAAUACCUUUUUGGUGAAGUAUCACAACUCUAAGGCUAAGAAUUGGAAAGAUACUGUAGAUUUCACUCAUAUCCGUCCUGCAGUUCCUCGCCAUGUGGAUAGAGCUUAUAACCUUUAUGAGAAAGUAGAUGCAUUUUUCGAUUAUUCUUGGCGGGUAGGUGAAAUCACCAAAAUUCUACCUGGGAAGAGGUACACUGUCUCUUUCAAGCAUGGGAUGAAAUCCAAGGAGUUUAGUCAAACAGAAUUAAGGCCUUUUGUGGAAUGGAAAGAUGGAAAAUGGCAUGUGUGGACAAAGGAAGGAUUGGUUGAUCUGAAUUUAGAUUUCCAAGAAAAUUUGGAGCACGGUGCCCAUCGUGUAAGCAAUGCUGAUGUUGUCUCUCAACUGGGAAGUUUGGGCUUACUUGACUGUACCGAUGAAGAAUACUCACCUCAGCCUACAAAUUCAGGCAAGAAUCUGAGAAAACGGUCUACUGAUUACAGUGAGGAAUCAGUUUCUACUACUUCUGUGUCAUCCCCUAACAAUGGUGGAUCUAUGCAUCAAGAAAAAGGAUCUCCGUCAUAUGAUAAAUCAUAUAAAGCACGGAAAUAUAAAUUGGCCACAACACCUGCAUCAGCAAGAGAACAAGUAGUGGCGAAUACACGUUUAAGAAAACCUGUUGUUCCUUUUAUAGUUGAAUCUAAUGCAAAGAGGAGUAAGCAGCAUAAAGGUGGUGGAUGUGAAAUUAAAAUUUCCGAUAAUGUGCAGCGUAGAGGAAGAACUAAGAAGAGUGUCAAAAGAACAACAAUACCAGUAGUAGGUAAGACUAGAAAUGUUAGUAGUGGUGCCCCUGAAAAAGUUGUUGAAAAGGAAGGCAUGAAAGGAGAAACUGAAGCUGACAUAGCAUUAAGCAAGACCAAGAAUACAAGUACUGGUGCUGUUGAAAUUGUUGUUAAAAAGGAAGGGAUAAAAGUAGAAUCUGAACUCCCUUCAGCAUCAGGUAAGGCCAAAAAAAUUGAAGGUCCCAGUACUGCUGAGAAAGCUAUUGAAAAAGAAGGUACUUCUGUGAAAGUUGUCGGAAAAGAAGGUACUUCUGUGAAAGCUGUUGGAAAAGAAGGCACUUCUGUGAAAGUUGAAGUUGUUGGAAAAGAAGGUACUGCUGAGAAAGCUGUUGAGAAACAAGUUACUGCUGAGAAAGCUGUUGAGAAACAAGGUGCUGCUAAGAAAGAAGUUGCUGCUGAGAAACAAGGUGCUGCUAAGAAAGAAGUUGCUGUUGAGAAAGCUGUUGAGAAACAAGUUGCUGCUAAGAAAGAAGUUGCUGCUGAGAAGGCUGUUGAGAAACAAGUUGCUGCUGAGAAAGCUGUUGAGAAAGAAGUCGCUGGUGUGAAAGCUGUUGUGAAAGAAGUUGUCGCCGCGAAAGCUGUUGUCAAAGAAGUUGCUGCUGUGAAAGCUGUUGAGAAGGAAGUUGCAGUUGGGAAACCUGCUGAGAAAGAUGUUGCAGCUGGGAAAGCUUUCGAGAAAGUAGUUGCUAUUGGGAAAGCUGUUGUGAAAGAAAUUACUGCUGGGAAAGCUGUUGAGAAAGAAGUUGCUGCUGAGAAAGCUGUUGAGAAAGAAGUUGCAGCUGGGAAAGCUGUUGAAAAAGAAGUUGCAGCUGGGAAAGCUGUUGAGAAAGAAGUCGCUGUAGGGAAAGCCGUUGAGAAAGAAGUUGCUACUGGGAAAGCUGUUGAGGAAGCGGUUGCUGCUGGGAAAGCUGUUGAGAAAGCAGUUACUGCUGGGAAAGCUGUUGAGAAAGCAGUUGCUGCUGAGAAAGAAGUUACUGCUGUGAAAGCUGUUGAGAAAGAAGUUACUACUGAGAAAGCUGUUGAGAAAGAAGUUGCUGCUGAGAAAGCUGUUGAGCAACAAGUUGCUGCUGAGAAAGCUGUUGAGAAACAAGUUGCUGCUGAGAAAGCUGUUGAAGAAGGCAUAAGAAAAGAAGCUGAAGGCCCCAUAGCAUCAUCAUCUGCUGAGGGAGCGCAAGGUUCAGUGGCCAAAGGUCCUGUUCAGUUUCUUGAUCAAGAGCUGGUAAAUCCACCAAGUGAUUCGAAGAAUAAUUCAGAUAAUCUUUCAGAUGACAAUAGCGCAGAGUUUAAGCAGAAUGCAUCUGAAGGGUGCAAUAAUAAAAGAAAGAGAGGUAGACCUCGAAAGGUAGCAAGUCUCGGGCAAGAAACUUCAGCUGAAGAUGGACAUGAUGAGGAAUACACUGUAAAAGCUUGUAAAACAAAUGGAGGAGUUUUUCUGCCUACUCAAGGAGGGAAGGAAACCACAGAUCUACAAGAUACCUCUACAGGAAAAAAUGUUCAUGUUUCUGGGAUGAACUGCUCCACAAAUGAAGCUGAAUCUGAAUCAAUAUACGGUAGAGUAUCAAGCGGCACAGAUGAUGAUGAUAAUCAGCCUCUGUCAAAGUGGUUUGGGGGAAUACAGAGUCAACCAGGUGUCCAAGAAACAAGAUCACUUGGUAGGGCCGUUUUUGACCCACGAACCAGGGAUAGAGAACGAGCAACUAUUGGUAAGAAGGCUAUUGUUGUUCAUGCCUUCAGCGGGAGUGAGCCUGAGGAUAAUCUAAGGUUGCCGUUUGUAAAGAGCUCUCCAGUCUGGAAAGCAAUUGAUGACAUGGAUAUAUUUGGAAAGAUGAAACAAGUACCACAUUUUCGUCCACUUUACAAAUGUAAAGAAGAACAUAGAGAAGGAAUGGCUAUUGGCCAUAUGGUGACCUUUGCUGGUUUGGUUGACAGAAUAUCUAGGAUGCAAGUCGAUGAUCGUGUCACCUCCUUUCACAGUACUUUGGAGACACUACAAGAGUUAGAAAAGCAUGGCUUUGAUAUUUCAGUUCUAAGAAAUCGUGCAAGUACACUGUUGUCAAUUAAAGAUAGACAAGCACGAGCUCGACACGACUCAAAAGAAGCUGAAAGGAAGAUCAACGAGCAAUCCGGUGAGAAAGUUAAACUUGUGGAAGAGAUUGACGAUGUUACUAGGAAGAUAAAUGAACUACAGGCGAAGCUUGCCAUACUCAAUUCACAGAAGGAGAAUAAAGAGCAAGAUAUUAGAAAAUUGCAGCAGUUCAUGGAUGAUAAAAAUCAAAAUGUUCUCCUUGAAAGGCAAGAGUUUGAAAAACUAGCGGCUACCCCAAUUUGUCCUGAGCUAGCUGAACUGAACUGAGCUGAGAUUCUCUUUCCCCAUUUGUCUUUUCCUUGUUUUGUAGUAGUUGCAGAUAAUGAUUGUUUGUAUUGUACUUUUGAAAACAUCCUCAAAUAGAUGUAGUUAGUAGUGUAUUCCAUUUCUUACCAAAUUUACUGUUAACUUUGUACUUAAAUGAGUAUGCCUUUAAUCUUUUGUAAAGCAAA